CCCACCCCCUCCUAGUCUCCCACCAAUCCACCAUCAAAAAAAUAACCGCGAGUCGACCAGAAAACCUCUCACCCCUUUUCCCUAUAUAAUGCCCCCCUAAACCUCAAGUUUAUUUUCUCGACACAUAUAUACGUUCGUAUACGUAUACUUUCAAGUUUAUUCUCGACGAUUUUCGGCACUUUGAAGAAUCAUCAUAGUCAUGGCGGGUGCAGUUGCCGAGAUUAUAGUCAUCUGUGUUGACAAUUCUCGUUGGAUGUUGUCUCAGAAGAAAUUUCAGACUCAGUGUGAUGCUAUUAUGCAUUAUUGCCAAGCUAAAUUUGCUGAGCAUCAAGAUACUGUUGUGGGCUUAUACACAAUGGGUUCAUCCCGUUAUCCUAAAUUGCUUGAUCCUACUAGAUCUCUUGCACAAAUCCAUGAUUCCCUCCAAGAAAUAUAUCCCUGCGAGGAGGACUCUGAGUUGGAACUUGCACAUGCGUUAUCACAUGCCUGCUUUCCUCUUCUACCGGCAUUGGAUCGCCCUGAUAGAAAAGCAAGAAUUCUUCUUAUCAUUGGAGGUCUUACAGAUCUGGCUAGUGAACAUGCUAAAGAAAUUGGAAAGAAGUAUAGAGAGACAGGUAUAGCUGUUGAUAUUGUCCUCUUCUAUCUAGGUGACACCCCCGAAGACAAGGAUGAUGAGGAUGAGAUUUAUGACAGUUAUUACCGACAAGGGAGGAAUGAGCUUUGUUUGUUUUUUAACCUAUCCAAUUGCAAUGACAACGGCCGCUUUCUAGACGUUGAGGGUGGAUCUGAUAUUUGUCAACUCAUAUCCGAUUCCAUGUUCAAAAAGACACCCCGUCUCCCUGAGAAACAGAAUGAAUAUGUUGGAGAGUUGGAGCUGUUUUGCAAGGAGGAAGCUGUCUCAGAUGUUACGGAAGUUAAAGCAGAUUCAGAACUUUAGUAAUGAGAUUGUGUGUGUUGCUGUUGAAGUGUACAUGAAAACGGUUUCCUCUAGUAGUUCUUGUAUUAAAUGGUCUCCGUUAAAAAAUUGAUCUCUUCUUAAAGAUUCUUAGCGGAAGCUUUACCUAUACUAUAACGGCAUGUUUAUUUUCUUUUCAUGUUCACACUUUUAUGAGAAUAAAUGAAGCAUUGAAGCCAUCGUCAAAUGAAAACACUAACAUGGUUGGAGAAGUUUUCGUGUGCACUAACAUGGUUGCAAACACUAACUUUUAUUUUCUUUUCAUUUUUGUGUGCAGAUCUUUCAUUCGAUGCUCACACCACAAGGAUGCUUUUAUGUGUAUGAUGAUGUUUUCCACCUGAACUAUGCUAGAGGAAAGGUGUGUCUAUACAACCAGUGUCUUGUCUAAAGACAGGAUGUUUGUGAAGAUUUGUUUCUUGCUAAGAAAUAGUGUUAUUUGUAUGCUUUUAUGUGUAUGAUGAUGUUUUCCACCUGAACUAUGCUUGAGAAAAGGUGUGUCUAUACAACCAAUUGUCUUGGCUAAAGACAGGAUGUUUGUGAAGAUUUUUUUCUUGCUAAGAAAUAGUGUUAUGAUUUGUAUGCUUUUAUGUCUAUGAUGAUGUUUUCCACCUGAACUAUGCUUGAGGAAAGGUCUGUCUAUACAACCAAGUGUCUUGGCUAAAGACAGGAUGUUUGUGAA